GGCCUGCGGGGCCUUUCUCGCCAUUAACUACACCCAGCUGUCUCGUAACCUCGUCGACGCCAGAAAGCUCUACACAAUACCGUAUAUAUCUGCUCUCCGUACUGUGGCUCGUCAUGAGGCGACCUGUAGCUGCCGUUGAAUCCAUCCCCGAUUUCCAGCCCAGCUCGGAGGUAUGUACCUAUGUACACAACACCUGUCCGCAUCCACACAUUGUCACUUUUCCGCCACUGAUCUCUCCAAGAAAGGCGAUUUCGAAUCCGGCACCAGUACCUACAGCAUCGACGAGCCGUGCACCCGGCUGCAACGGCAGUACAUGGCGGUCAUCAAGACGAUAUGCACACUUUUCGACCGAUGCUCCGACAAGCUAGGCUCUACCACGGCGUCCCUGGGGAGCGUAGAGGAUUACGAGCUAGCGAUCAUAAAAGAAGCGGCCGAGGUCAAAGAGCAGUUCACAGAGCUGAUCGACGACUUUAUACGCAUAUCGAUGGGCACGCAGAACAGCGCCCCCGACGCUUUCCGUCUGUUGAUGGCGCGAUUGCGGCAUGGAAUGUUGAAGGCUGUUACGGCGCUGGUUCAGACGCUGCGUGGGUAUUUGGAGGCGCUGGCGGGCGCGGUUAGGAAUCUCGCUGCCACGGUGAGACCGUUGCUCGAGGAGAUAAAGGUCAGAGCCAAGUGUGCGGCGGCGAAGGCGCUGGCUUAUGUUACGGGGAGCUCGGAAGGCGGGUCGAGGAUCGUUAAGGAUAUUUUGGCGAAAAUGGCGACGCUGUCGACUUGAUGUGAAGGGAGCGCGGGCUUGUAUAGUUGCAUUAUGUAGGUACUGAGAGGCCCUCAAUGGGUACGAGCAAAUGUAGAAUGUGAUUCAGUCGAAACAGG